UUUCUCAAUCAAAACAUUUGCACAUGUAAGUAAUGUGGAUCUAUCGACUCAAAAAUUGGGGAAAUUGGGCUCUUUCGAUUUUCAAAAAAAUUGUCACUUUUUCUUAUAAGCGAGUAAGUUGGAGGAAAAGCAAAAGGUUCUUGCUUUUUUUUGCUUUCACUUCUCCUCUCAUGCACCCAAAGGCAUCUCCGUACUUAAAAAACUAUUUUUUUUUUCCUGAUUCUCUCUUUUUCUCGUCUUCUUCGUCUCCUUCUCGGGUCGAUUUCACACAAGUUCCGAUCUUUUUCGAAAGCAAAUACCUUAUUUUAGAUUCUCGAUUAACAUAACCCUCUCUGUACGGCUCCGGCUACAUCGAUUUCGUAGGAGAAAUGUCAAUGGUUGCAAGCUCUUCGCACAGUGAUCCUGAUUCAAGAGGUUUGCUAGUGCUUCUUGAAGCUUUUAGUUCUCGUUUUUCUCUUGAUGACAUUACUACUGCGUACUACCAAGCAAGCCAGAAUGUCAAUGUGGCUGGUGAGAUUCUCUUUGCAAUGACUGAAAAGACGCCUCAAAGUGACCAAGUUGAAAUGGAGAAAGCAACCUCAAAGCCUACUCAGGUCUAUGUUCCUAAGGAAGUUCGACGACAAGAAGACAGCAAAGCCAAAGUAUGGAGGCCGAAGAAAACUUCUAUAUCUGGGGGCACUAUUUCAAGUUUUAUCGGUAAGGAGUAUGCUACAACCAGGCCUAUAUCAAAUGCUCCCCGAAAAACAACUAAGCCAAUGAAGAUAGACUCGAGGGAUAUUCCAGAAACUGAGAUAUGGAGUGAAGAAAUGCCAAAAAGUAACGAGGCAAAGAUAAGCAGGGCACCAACUGAUCUUGAGGAAUUUAUUGUUAAGAUGCUUGGAGAGGGUUUUCAAGCUAGCCCAGAUGUCAUUCGCCAGGUUCUUGGCGUAUGCGGAUAUGAUGUGGAGAAGAGUACGGAGAAACUGCUUGACUUGUCUGAUACCAAGAAGUAUGCUGAUGGUGGAAAUUCCAAUGAAGUUAUGCCAAAAGUUGAUCCACAAAGACGGGGAUCUACAUCCUGCAACCAAGUGGAACCGCAAGAUUUUUGUCAGAGUGACGGUGCAAGAACCUUUUCUGGUUCACAGGAAGGAGGCAGUGACAAAACUGGUCUUGAAAAGGAGGUUUUAAAAGCUUUGUUCUCAGGUGCGGAAAGAUAUGAGGAGGAAGAACCAAAAUUAACUCGAAGAUUUGGAGAAAGGAGAGCAAGAGUUACUGGUCGUCCUGUUUUUAAACCUCUGGAAGACCCUUUUCAAGAGAGAGUAGUUGCUAUGAAACGAUCGUCACAUACAUCUAAAGAAGAUGAAGAUGAUGAAAAUGAAUUUAAGGCACAUCGUAAAGCAGUACAUGAGUAUUGGAAUCAGAUGAAAGAAUAUUACGGAGCUGCUGCAGAAGCAUUCUCCAAAGGAGAACCUGAGCGAGCACGCAGACUCGUGGAGAAGGGACACUUUUUCGGACAAAAAGCUCGAGAAGCGGAUGACAAAUCUGUAGCAAAGAUGAUUGAAGUCAAGGAAGAUGAUGGUUCGACUUGCAAGGAAGACGAGGUAGUGACAGUGAAUGUGAACGAACACCAAGCAAAGGAAGCUCUUCGUCUUCUCAAGCGCCAACUUAUUUACUUCUCUGGCAUUUCAUCUUUCAAGUACCUCAGAGUCACAUUGGGUGACAAGAACGAAGAUUUCAAAAGCAAACGAAAGCAUAUUGUAAAGCUGCUGGAGGGAGAAUCUAUUGGUUGGACUGAAGAAGAUAAUGGCCUUGUGAUGAUGAUUCGUGUUGACGAGAUUGACCCCAAGAAAUUGACUUUUGCCAAGAAAUAAUAAGGAUCAAAUUCUUUGCUUCAUUCUAUAGAUGUCUAAAUUGUAACCAAACAGAGAGGCAUCUUGCAAAAAUUAUGAUUUUUGGUUUGAGAAUCGAAGAAUUAUCAAAGCCAUCUGACAUUACAAUAUU